AAGAGGCACACCAAAUUUCACAAAAAAUUAAUCCUCCUAUGACUAUGACUCGUCCUUAAUUACGCCAUGGACCAACACAAUAUAAUUCCAGCUUAGCUUCUCUCUUUAAAAAUUUUAUUAGUUGCCUUUUAUAAUUCAUUCUUGAGUUUCUGUUAUCUGACCAAAGAAAAAAAAAAACAUGACCAACAACGUAAAUUCUUGGUUCCAGGGUGUUUAUGUUGUUUUCGCGUUUUGCUCUGCUUUAUUUUUGGGUGCUAUCAAAAGUUUGUUGGUGGGUCCAAUUGCUGGGCUAAUACUUAUAAUAGGAAAUGUUGGGGUGAUUUUAUGUCUGUUCCCAGCACAUGUUUUCUGGACAAUUUACACCCUUGUCAAGACUAAUAGGUUUGAUGCACCACUUAAAGUAGCUUUGUUGUUCGGUUUGCCAGCUUUAUUUGGUAUUUGGUUGUGUUUAAGCUUAGCUGGUAGUAUUUUUGUGGGAGUUGGAUAUGGUUUCUUUGCUCCUUGGGUUUCUGCCUUUGAAGCUUUCAGACACGACGAUGAAUUUAAUAAGUUUGUUCAUUGCGCUCUGGAUGGAACAUGGGGAACCAUAAAAGGUAGCUGUACUGCUGUUAGAGAUUUUGCAGAUAUGUGUUAUCAUUCAUAUCCAAUGUAUUUGAAGGAACUCCGUCAUUCCCCUGCUUCUCUUCACCUUCAACCUUUUAGAUUCAUCCAUGUACCAGGAUGUAUCAUGGUUGGUUUAUUGGGACUGAUUGUGGAAAUUCCUCUUUACACUGCUAUAGCUAUAGUAAAGAGCCCAUUCAUGUUGUUCAAAGGAUGGUACAGACUCAUACAUGAUCUGAUAAGCCGCGAAGGCCCAUUUCUUGAAACUGCUUGCAUUCCCAUUGCGGGAUUAACAAUCCUACUGUGGCCUCUUGUUGUCAUUGGAAGUGUCAUAAUGGCUGUUUUCUCCAGUUUUUUCAUUGGAUUAUAUGGAGCUGUUAUCGUCUAUCAGGAGAGGUCCUUCCAAAGAGGUGUUGCUUUCGUGGUUGCAAUGGUGGCAGAGUUUGAUGAGUACACAAAUGAUUGGCUUUACCUUAGAGAAGGGUCCAUUCUUCCAAAACCUCGUUAUCGGAACAAGAAGGGAUCCAAUUCGUCAGAUUACUCUGUGAAACGAAACAGCUCAGUACAAGGUAGAUUAAACUCGAUAUUUGCUGAAGCACCUGCAAUGCUCGUGCCAAGCCUAACAUCAUCUAGAUCAGUGCGGGAGGCAAUACAAGAAGUGAAAAUGGUGCAGGUGUGGCAUAACAUGAUGAGAUCAUGUGAAAUAAGGGGCAAGGAAUUAUUGGACGCGAAAGUGAUAACCCCCAACGACCUGGAUGAUUGGUUGAAGGGAAAACAUGGAGUUGAUGUUGCAGUCAUCAAUGUUGGUUUAGCAUGUUAUACAUUUCUACAGAUAAUCUUUUAUUCCAUAAAAUCCGGAUCAGAUGGAUUGUUCCUUCUAGAGGAUCUUGAGAUCACUCAGCUGAACAGACCUCAGGACAGAUUAUUAGACUGGUUUUUCCAACCAGUUAUGGUCCUCAAGGAACAAAUUAGAGCCCUGAGCCUAGAAGAGGGUGAAAUGAGGUUCCUAGAGAAAGUGGUCCUUUUCGACAGCAACUCUGAACGCUUUAAGGCCUGGGAAAAUGGAAGCGUAGCACCUCAGGAUUCUCUCAGGGUAGCUCAAAUUGAAGGCAUAAGCCGAAGGAUGGUGGGAAUGAUUAGAAGUGUUUCUAAGUUUCCAACUUAUAGAAGGAAAUUCAGACAGAUAGUGAAAACAUUGAUCAUGCAGUAUUCCACUAUUCCCAGAGAAGGUUCUACGAGAUCUGUUCCUCGUUCUGUAAAGAACAGUUCCACCCGAUCAGUGUCCACAAGAUCAAAUGGUUCUCUCGAAAUUGUUUAAACAUUUUAAGUAUAGAUUAGUGAUCUUUAACUCCCAUCGUGGUUAUUUAAGAGAGUUCAUUAAGUAUAUCACUGUUGAAAGACCAAUUUUCCAAGCUCAAAUAUCUUCCCACGGACAUCUUAUAUGAAUUCAUCAACAACAUCAAGAAAGGUCAUCAAAACUCUCACUAUCAAGUAAAAUCAACGUUUCUUAGAGAUCAGUACAGUUGUAUUUUUGUCUCCGUGUGAUUAGAAACUUGUACAGACAUGACUUUGUUUGUUUUCCUUUUAAAGGUCACUCCCGAAAAGAGCAAGAUACAGAGUUAGAGAUGAUGUAAAAUUACUUUAUGUUUUUCAGUCGAUAAGAUACUGGAUCAUUCUACAUUUUGCUCCAGAUGAAUGAUUCCAUUUUCUAUCGAACUCCAAUAUGUUGUAUUCUGUAGAGGGGAUGUCUUAUACAAUAUGCUAUCGAACUCAACUGUUUCUAUCUAUCUAGCAUAUCUUGUAGACCAAAAUUUGGUCCUGCAAAACGGA